AUGUCUGCUGUUCAGCUCAAGUUCUCACUGCGCACCUCCUCCAAUGUCAAGACCGUCCAUCUGGUCGGCUCCUGGGACAACUACUCCCGUCAGAUCCCUCUUUCCCGGGAUGAUGUCAAGCCAGGCGCAUGGACUGGAAAGUUCCGCUUCCAGACCUCCAUGCUGAAGCUGGGUGGCCGCUACUGGUACUACUACAUCAUGGAUGGUUACCAUGUCUCUCAUGAUCCCGCUGUUGAGUACACGGUCGAGCCCACCACCGGCCGCAAGUUGAACAUCCUCGAUGUUCCCGGUGGCAAGAAGUCUUCCCAGCCCGCCCCCAAGCACCACCGGGGCUCCACAGACUUCGUCAAGGGUCGUGCUCCUUCUCCGUCCAAGAUCCACCACCCCAAGCCGUCCAAGCCCUAUGCUUCCCGUCAAAUCCGGGAGACGGACUUUGCUCCCACCAUGGAAGACCUCACCAUGCGGUUUGCCGACUCCCGUCUGUCGGACGAGUACUCGCUCUCCAACAGCCCGCCCAGCUCGGUUGGUUCAUCCCUGUCGUCUCGCUCAUCUGGCAGCACUUCCCCGUCGUCCCUGUCGUCCAUGAGUGACCCACCCACCCCGAUCUGCCACUGCGAGCGCUACGGAAUUACUCGCAAGGGCGACCGGGUCAAGCUCGACUGUGGCGGCAGCCGAUGCGGCUAUGUUACCGAGUCGUCUGAGGCUAGCUGCUCCGAGUCCGACAGUGAUGAGGAGUACCGCCGUGCCCGCAGCGGUGUCCGUCGUCAAGGCAUUGUGGUGCGCAGGUAA